GCCUCUACCUGAACACCAUCAUUUGCUGCUUUUGUUGCUUACAGUGGUGCUUGUACCGAAGACACUAGUUGAAGUCAAAGUGAAAUGGAUGGCCUGGCGUUUGAUCCCAACACCAACGUGGGGAACACUGAUGGCGUUGACGCAGUUGCUGCAGGGAAAGACAACAACGUUGGUGCUACUGACAGCCAGAGGACGGCUACCAAGCGUUUCAAGCGCCAUAGCAGAGACCAAGUCGCACAGCUUGAAGCUGUGUUCCAGCAAUGCCCACGGCCAGAUGAGCAAGUCCAACAGGACCUUAGCGUGAAGCUCGGCAUGGGAGCUAACCAGGUCAAGUUCUGGUUCCAAAACCGACGCUCCGCAAAGAAGAAGAAGCAGAAGCAGGAGGAGGUCAAGUUGUUGCGAGAAGAGAGCUGGAGGCUGCAUGUUGAGAACCAAACCAUCAAGACGGCGCUAUUCAAGAAGACCUGCCUGAAAUGCGGAGUCCCGAUGGUACACGUUGUUGGGGACACCCCGGAGAAGCGGCGCCUGCUCGCUGAGAACGCGAAGCUCAAGAACGACCUUCUGCAUGCAAACGCCUUUCUCAACAUGAUUUCCGGAGGGUCAGAAGGGGCCCCAUCCAGCAGGGCGUAGACCAUGCAACUGAACUGAACGUCAUCGGCAAUGCAUGGUGUCCCUUUGGCGACUGACCAUCUUGGCCUAGAAGGGAUUUAUUAUUUCAGUCUUAUUAUGUAGUGUUCUUGAUUGUGGGUCGGACAAUAAAAUGGCAUGCGCAGUCGUCGGAAUGACUUUGUUGAGAAAAAAUAAUUUUUGUAGUGGAAUGAAACUGUUGUUCCUUCUGGUACUUAUAUAGACUGAUAUCAAAUUUAUUUCUCUUGUGGUUCCUCUUGUAUAUAUCCCCUUUUCGACGCUACGGUUGGUUCUCUGGAUCUAUGGCUAGCAUCCUAAGGCUUCUUGCUUGGUUUCCUGAUGAUCAAAGAAGAUCUUUACGGAGCUGCUAUGUGUUCUUUAUUCAUACUCUUGGUGUGAUGAUCACCUUUUGCCUCUUGUGCGCUGUGUCGGGGGAGAUCUUGGUCGGAGCGUUAGAGGUGAGGUCCAUAGUUCCUGUUUCAUCUUUGUUCACUAGGUUUAAGUUCUUAAAAAUUCAUCUUUGUU